AUGACCAGGAGGAAGCCCAAGGCUCCCACUUCGACGCAGCCGACAAGUCAGUCUCCCAGUGUUGCGGGUGACACCACCAAUGGGAAACAGCAUCCUUCAGAACCAGCACCUUCGCCUCUACCCGCGCCGCAAAAGGCAUUGAAUGGCAAAGAAGGGCCUGCGCCUGAGCUGUCAGUGUCUCCUACCUUGAUCAUAUGUCGCAACAAGCACACUAAACACAUCUCGUCCUAUUCUGGACCAUGGCUCAACCUUCCGCCCGAAGUGCUAGACAGCCUGGCUCAUAGCAACCACUAUUCUCCCCGUCCCCGACCGAUCGACCCUGCUGUCUUUUUCGACCUGGUGAAAAUCAGGCGUUUGAUCGAUGACGCUACAAGUCUGGCUGUGCGCGCCGCCAACGGUACGACUUCUGCGUCUUUGUACACUUCGCUGAAUACCACCAAUGGAAUCUUCAAUGGCGCAGACGCAGAGAUCCUCGGGAUCGGAUCUGCAAGAGGUGGUGGUGGCCACGCGAAACUGAGCCGCGAGAGGAAGCACCGAAUGCGCGAGCAUGCAACGCAGAAACUAUCCCACGCAUAUCACCUCGAUGAGAUCGCCUCCAGUGUCGCCAUGAUGCAGUCAGCCUCGGCGUUGGAAGAUGUUGCCAGACACGUACUACAGCGCGACCCGCAAAACGCGGAUGCACAAUAUGUUCAUUUCUUCCACGAGAAGAUCCCCUCCAUGGCCGUGGCCGAGUACACCGGCCUGGAACCUCUGACCGAAGUGAUCCGUCAGAACCCUACUGAUCCGGUACCAUAUAGAACACGGUCCGUCGCUCGGAUGUUCAAGGACGACUUCGAAGGGGUGGUGCGAGACUGUACCGAUGGGCUCGCCGUGCACAGGCUGUACAAUUCCCAACAUCAAAAAGAGCAGCAGGACUUGAUCCUGGCCAGAGAUCCCGCGGGAUCAGGCCGGGACCAGCGCACAGAGAGUCGACUGGAGGAGAAGGACCACCCUAAUAGCCUGGAGCCACAACUGCUCUUUCACCGAGCUGGAGCGUACCUAACGCUUGGAUGCGACAACAUUCGACGGGCUCUGUACGGGUUACACGGUGGUGGCGCUCAGUAUAAUGGCAAUGGCGGCGGUGUUUCCCCCUCGGCGCUCGCAGAAGAGGAACUCGCGAGAUAUCGCGCCGACGCACGCAGGUUGGUUCGCACAUACGCCAAGAGAGCUCUGCGAGACUAUCUCGCCUUUCUGUCACACUUCGACUAUACUCCUGGCCUGUCGGCGGAGUAUACGGAUGCAUUUCUGGAGAGAGUGAGCUCACGCCCGCAUGGACGUGGGUCGCGGAGCGAGAAGCUGCUGGACUCGGAUGCUGCCCGCUCUAACGCCCACGCUGGCUUAUCGGAGGCGCUCGUGAAAUAUGAGAGUCAGAGAGACCCCCAAACAAACCACAAAGCGUUGCCUCAGAUACCCAAACCGAUAAUUUACAGGUUGAAUGAGCUAUUUGCCGCUGUGCCUGUAGCCAACUUGCCUCCCUAUCCAUCCGACCGGGAAACGCAACUCGACCAGGAUCAUCCGGUCUUCUCCUUACCUGACUUUUCCGAAGCAGUCACAUAUCAUCCCCUUCUCCCAGACGUACUCCACUCGGUGCUUCUAUGCCACUGUCUUAUCCAGACAUCGAGCAAAGAGCUCCAACGACAUGCCUACAUGGUUGCACGCCUCGCGCGAGUUUGCGAUGGAUAUCCAAUUUUUCUAGCUGCACGCUCGCCCGCUCGCGCAGACUGGGUCGAGAUCCUGCGGCGAACCAAGAAUUGGCUGGGCCUGUCAGCUACCUGGGACAAGCUGUGUGCUCCUGCACCUUUUCCGGGGCGCAAGACGGCUCCUAAAGAGACGGCCGAGGCCAAGAAGGCCAGGAUCAAACAAGAAGCUGUGCUCGAAGCGCUGGCCGAUGAAAGGGUGGUGGAUGAGGAGUCCUUCCGAGCCAGCUUCAAGGCCAGGGAAAUGAGAGCUGCGCGAGAGGAAAAAGAGCAGGCAGCAAAGCAUCACAACGGCACCAGGUUGAUUGACGGUGGGCCAGCAGAUCAGAAUGGUGCCCAGGAAGAGGCUACCUCUGCCGGUCCGAAACGAUGGACGCAGGAAGACGGGAGCGGGUAUCCCAUCACCACCGAACGAGCAGAAUGCCUUGUCCGAUGGAUUCUUGAGGCGCCUCCACCCAGCUCCGUCGAUAGUGCUGGUCGUGCGAAGAAGAAACCGGGCGCGAAAGGGAGACCGAGGAAGAAGGCCAGCACGGCUUCGAGUUUAAGAGAGGCUACAGAGAGUGGGCUUGAACAGGGUGUGGACAGCUUUGACCUGCUUGACUGA